UUUUGCCUUUUUCUGUUAAUUUUCCUCCCUUUUUUCAUGGGAUCUAUAAUUCAUUACUGCAUUUAUACAAUAGAUAUAAGAUUAUUUCCACUUUCAAUGCAUAUCAUGUAGUAGAUUUUUUUUUACUAAAUUUCAGGUGUUUGGCUAAGAAUAACCACAACAUAUAUGGGUGGGAGAAAAAAAUGCACAAGGAAAAAAAAAAAAAAAAAAAAAAAAAGAGGAAGCACAUUGUUCCAAGGAAAACAAAAAGGUGGCUAAUCUUCUUACCAUUUCUUCCUCAAAGGUAUUGUAGAGAGAAUAAAAAGACAAGCAGGAACAAGAUAUGGCCAAAGUUUGAUCAUAUGUCUCCGUUCAUGCAUUUACAUGUUUGACAUUUAUAAACACAAUUUAAAAUCACAGAAAGGAUAAGAAAAAAAAAACAGGGAUAGAACAUAUUGCAAUUUUUGCAAUGUGGGCAUCAAAAGGUUAUGGAGGGAAGAAAGAACAGGACCAUGGGCUGGUUGCAGUAGCAAUAGACAAAGACAAAGGCAGCCAAUAUGCGAUCAGGUGGGCCAUUGACCACCUUCUCAGUAGAGGCCGCGCAAUCGUCCUAAUACACGUCACCAGUGGCUCCUCUUUUGCAGCGGCAAGUUCUGCCAUUGUAUCAGCAUCAGGUCCAGGCUCAUCACCGAACUAUCAACAAGUCGACAAGCAAACAAAGGAAUUGUUCCUCACAUUUCGCUGUUUUUGCACUCGCAAGGAUAUACGCUGCAUAGAUGUCACACUAAAAGAUAACGAUGUAGGCAGAGCUUUAAUAGAAUACGCCAACUACGCGGCAAUUGAGAAUUUGGUUCUUGGUGCCUCAAAAGGAGGAUUUAUGAGAAAAUUCAAGCAAGCAGAUGUACCAACUAUUGUGUCAAGAGGAGCACCUGAUUUCUGCAAUAUUUUUGUAAUCUCGAAGACUAAGAUGUCAAAUGUACGCAAUGCUUCACGACCAGUUCCACAUACAUCACCUCUUCAGAACUACUUAGAAAGCGUAGUCAAAGACAAAUCGAGUCCUUCCACGCCUGUUUCGACACCUCCAAAGCGUAGUCUGAGCAUUAAAGGGGAAAGGCCAUCUUACAGCGGGUGCACGCCACCAAGAGAUGACAGGGAGUUAGUCAGGCCAGAUAGAAUACAUGAAAGGCUGAUGAUGAGUGACUUUCCGGAAAGUGAUACAGAUAUAUCCUUCGUGAGCUCAGAUAGAACAAGUGUUGACCGCCUUUCCGUGCAUUAUGACUACAUGGAUUCAGCACGCACCCCAAGAAUGUCUACCAGUUCAGACCAUAGUUUUGGGUCAGUUCGCUUCGGACAAAGGAUGAAUGAUAUGAGCCCAAGGCCUGAUUUUUCAUUUAUGUCGCAAGAAAGUGGAAUGACUUCAUCUUCUUCACUGCCUAGCGAAGAAACAGAAACUGAGAUGAGAAGGCUUAAGCUUGAACUAAAGCAAACUAUGGAAAUGUACAGUGAAGCCUGCAAAGAAGCAGUUGUUGCAAAAGAGAGAGAAAGACAACAAGCAAUGGAGCUUCACCGAUGGAGGCUAGAAGAAGACAAAAAGUUGGAGGAAACCGGGACUCCUGAGGAAGUGGCAAUGGUGCUUGCUGAAAGAAAAAAAGCAGAAAGGGCGGCAGAGCAACAGGAAGAAAGAAAAUUAAGUACAGGAAACACAGACUACAGAUCAACCAAUGGCUCUGUAAGCUACAGGAAAUACACCAUUGAAGAGAUUGAGACAGCAACAGAUUCUUUCUCUGAAUCUCUCAAGGUUGGAGAAGGAGGCUAUGGACCUGUCUUUAAGUGUUACCUUGAUCAUACAAGAGUUGCAGUGAAAGUUUUACGUCCAGAUGCUGCACAAGGAAGAACACAGUUCCAGCAGGAGGUUGAAGUACUUAGCUGUAUCAGGCAUCCCAACAUGGUUCUUCUACUUGGAGCAUGCCCAGAAUAUGGUUGUAUAGUUUAUGAAUACAUGGCUAAUGGUAGUUUGGAUGAUCGUUUGUUUCGGCGAGGGAAUACCCCAGCUCUUUCUUGGCAAGUUAGGUUCCGAAUUGCAGCAGACAUUGCAACAGGACUGAAUUUCCUCCAUCAGACAAAGCCAGAACCGCUAGUUCAUCGUGACCUUAAACCUGGGAAUAUACUUCUGGAUCGGUAUUUUGUCGCUAAGAUUGGUGAUGUUGGAUUAGCGAGGCUAGUGCCCCCUUCCGUUGCUGAUCACAUAACACAAUAUUGCAUGACAUCAGCUGCCGGGACUUUCUGCUACAUCGAUCCAGAAUAUCAACAAACUGGUAUGCUUGGUGUUAAAUCUGAUGUCUACUCCCUGGGGAUUGUGCUUCUCCAACUGCUAACUGCCAAGCCACCCAUGGGUUUGGCACACCACGCAGAACACUUUAUUGAGAAGGGAACAUUUGCUAACAUGCUGGAUCCAACGGUACCUGAUUGGCCAGUAGAGGAAGCCAUAGUCCUGGCAAAGAUUGCUAUACAAUGUGCUGAGUUGAGGAGAAAAGACCGACCAGAUCUCGGGAAAGUUGUCUUGCCAACGCUUGACAGAUUGCGAGAUUUUGCUGAUGAAAGAUCACAUCCUUUCAUGUUUUUUACCACACCAGACCGUUCCCCUGUCCACAGCCAGACAUCCAUGUCACAGAUAAGUGAUGCCGCUGUUUCAGCUCCAAACAGCUCAAAGGGUCCCUCACCCACAGCAUCACCAAGAGGUAGAGUAUCAAAAUUUAUAUUGUUCACAUCUUUUAUACCAACAAGUUUAUUAUUUGCUCUUUGUGGUGUUGUUCUCCUCCAACCCACAGCUUUCUUCUCUUUACAGCAAAUGCAGAUGAGGUAG